AUGAUAGAAAAAAACAAUGAAUAUUUUUUUAAUCUAUUAUAAAACUGCUUCAAUUAAUUUUAGCAAACAGAUAUUUUAUAUUUUUUAAACAAAGAAGCAAUAAAUUAAUUGAAAUUAAUUUUUAACAAUAGGUAUCUCUCCUAUCUAUCAAUUUUAUAAAUUUAACAUUUCAUCUUUUGUUAUAUAAGCAUUCAAUAUAAUAAGUAAUAUAAAUUAAAAAUAAUAAAAAGUGAUAAUAAAAUUGGAGAGUAGGGAUUUGCAGCUUUAGGAUCAUUUUUAGAAGGACUGAACAAUCUUUCUGAAUUAGCACUAGCAUUUAACAAUAAUAAUCUUGAAAAUAAUGAAGUUAAAGAUCUUUAUAUUUCUUUGGCUAAAUGCAAAAAGAUCUCAAAACUAACACUUAUUUCAGGAAAUAAUCAUAUGCAUAAAAAUAGCAUAAUACAUUUAGGAUAGGCCUUAAUGCAAUUAAAUAACCUCUCAACUCUGAGUAUAAAAGAUCAUGAUUUAACAUGCUAAGGAUUUCUAGGUUAUUUGAAGAGCUGCCAAAGAGUUUCUUUUCUUAAAUUAGAUAGUAUGUAUGAUGUCAUAAACAUAAUUUUGAAAAUGAAGAGACUUGUAAAAUUUGCUAAAUACGGAUUAUGA